AUGGGUACUAUAUACGAUAUUAUCGAACCUCAUGGCGUUACGAAACCCGCCAGUGUUAUGAUUCUACUGAAUAUAUUUCAAUACAUCCAAGUCGGCGCAAUAGCAACAAUCAAGAUAUUUCAUUUGAAAACAAAUACCGGGACUAAAUUGGCCGUCUAUGGUGUAUUUCUUUUAGCUUCGAUUGGCUUGGCAGCUUCCAUCACACGUGCUGCAUACAUAAUUCAGAUGUUUCGCGUAGCUCAAUUGGAUCCUGAUGCCGACUCCCGCCUGGGAGAUACUUUGAUAAUAUUCUGGUCCAAUUUGGAAGCAUCCGUGUGUCUUUUAGCAGUCAACCUUCCCUCACUCUGGGCCUACAAAACAUUACUUCCCCCAACGCAAUUCCUUGCCAGUGUCCGAAGCUUCAUUGCUAUCCAAUUUGGCCGCUCGACUACUCUCAACCAAGCGAGUCAUGAGAUUGUAAUACCGGACAACAGAUUUGAAAAUUCAUCAUCAUCAGUCGCAAAUAUGUGUGCAAAUAACAAUUGGGUUGAUGUAUACGCCAUGCAUGAGUUGGAAUCUCAGAACCAACACAUUGCUGUACCGGAAGGAGCUAUCCUGGUAGAUUCCCAUGUGUUGCUGACCACCCAAAACAAAAAUGUACGGGGCCAUGAGUAA